CAAGUAAAUACACACUGCACCUCAUAACAUGUAUGUGUGAACUGGUCCUAACUUCAUUUGUUUCCUCUACAGGUAGAGGAGAAUCUGAUGGUGCAAUCGGAUGCUGCGGAUGGCUUCUAGUCAUUAUAUCGUUUUUCUUCACAAUUUUGACAUUUCCGAUCUCCAUAUGGAUGUGUAUAAAGGUUGUGAAGGAGUAUGAGAGGGCAAUCAUUUUCCGUCUGGGCCGUAUUGUGAGUGGUGGUGCAAAGGGUCCGGGUCUCUUCUUUGUGCUUCCCUGCACUGAUAGCUUCAUCAAGGUGGAUAUGAGGACCAUCUCAUUUGACAUUCCCCCACAGGAGAUUUUGACUAAAGACUCAGUGACAGUCAGUGUGGACGGCGUAGUCUAUUACCGGGUACAGGACGCCACCUUGGCUGUAGCGAACAUCACAAACGCAGAUUCAGCCACCAGACUUCUAGCGCAGACCACCCUCCGCAAUGUCCUGGGCACGAAGAACCUGGCUGAGAUCUUAUCAGACCGGGAGGAGAUUGCACAUAACAUGCAGUCCACACUUGAUGCUGCCACUGAUGACUGGGGCAUUAAACUAGAGCGUAUGGGGAUCAAGGAUGUCAAGUUGCCAAUUCAACUUCAGCGGGCCAUGGCAGCAGAAGCUGAGGCUACCAGGGAGGCAAGAGCCAAGGUAAUCGCAGCAGAGGGUGAGAUGAACGCUUCCAGAGCUCUUAAAGAAGCUUCCAUUGUAAUCACAGAGUCCCCAGCCGCCUUGCAGCUCAGAUACCUCCAGACACUGACCACCAUCGCUGCAGAAAAGAAUUCCACCAUCAUCUUCCCAUUGCCCAUCGACAUGUUGCAGGGACUGAUGGGUGGCAGGAAGUAG